AUGGGAAAAGCCAAGAAAGAAGAGGAGGCUGUUUUUCUAAGGAAAAAGAUCACUUUGCUGAGGGCUUUUUCACUCCUUAUUGGCAGCAUGGUGGGCAGUGGCAUCUUUAUCUCUCCAAAAGGGGUGUUGAAAAAUUCCGGCAACGUGGGUGUCUCCUUAAUCGUUUGGUUUGCCUGCGGGAUUCUCUCUCUAUUUGGUGCCUUGUGCUAUGCAGAACUUGGAACAAGAAUCACAAAGUCUGGAGGACAUUAUAUCUAUGUACUGGAGACACUGGGGCCUUUGCCAAGUUUCUUGUAUCUGUGGGCUGAGUACUUUGCUAUCAGGCCAGCCAAUAGUGCAGUGAUUUCUCUGGCAUUUGGAAACUACAUAUUGGAACCAUUUUUUGCGCCCUGUGCAGCCCCACUUCCUGCUGUGAAGCUUGUCGCUCUCUUGGGGUUCUACAUAGUCCUCAUCCUGAACUCUUGGAGUGUCAGCUGGAGUGCCAGGCUUCAGAAUGUCCUAUCUGUCAUCAAACUCCUGGCUCUCGCACUCAUCAUUGUGCCAGGGAUGAUGCUUCUGGCCCAAGGCCACACUGAAAAUUUCCAGGAUGCUUUCAGUAGUCAAUCGCUGGCUUUGGACAAGCUGCCCUUGGCUUUUUAUGCUGGGAUGUUUGCGUAUUCAGGCUGGUUUCAAACUAGCUUUGUGCGAGAAGAACUGGUCCGACCUGAACGAAAUAACCCACUGGCUGUGAUAGUGUCUGUGGUCACUGUAAUUGUGGGGUACAUGCUCACCAACGUUUCCUAUUAUACAGUCUUGACAGCAGAGGAUGUGCUGGCUUCCCAGGCUGUGGCUGUGAGUUUUGCACAAAAAGCUUUCCAAAGACUUGUCUCCGUGAUUCCCAUCCUGGUUGCCCUGUCCUGCUUUGGAACCAUGAAUGGGGGGAUCUUUGCAUUUUCAAGGACUCUAUUUGUGGCUUCAAGGGAGGGUCAAUGGCCUCCUCUCUUCUCCAUGAUCCACAUCCGAAGGCACACUCCCCUUCCAGCCGUCAUGUUAAUGUUGCCAUUGGUUACCGCCAUGGUGUGCGUUGGAGACAUCUACCACCUCCUGAAUUUCUUCAGCUUUUCCCGAUGGCUCUUCAUAGGAUUAGCCACACUGGGGCUCAUCAUCCAUCGUUACCGUCACCCAGAGCUGCCCAGGCCAUUCAAGGUUCCCCUCUUCAUUCCUGUCUCCUUCACCGUCAUCUGCCUCUUCGCAGUGGGAAUGUCUUUCUACUCAGACCCAGUGUAUGUCAGCAUUGGCUGUGCCAUGGUUUUAAGUGGUUUUCCAGUCUACUACUUGGUGAUCAGCAGGCCAAUACCUGACUGUUGCCGUACCACAUUCUAUUAUCUUACAUUCAAACUUCAGGUACUGCUGGAAGUAGUCAGACAGGAAAUCAGGACUUAUUGA